CUUCCUGCUUCCUCGUCUACAGUCGCUGUGAAACCUACGAGACGGAGCGGUCAGCAGUUGAGAACACAGAGACCUCCUGGACCUGCAGGAUCUCGAGUGAGCCGCUUGUCUGACCUCAAAUCGGGUUUCAGGACCGACUCAGAUCCAGCUAACUGUGCUCCAGACCCGCUGAUUUCUCGUGAGUUCCGAUCCUCUGCAUCCCACCAUGGGCGGCGGGUUGGUCUGGACACAAACAUACACAGACUGACUCUGAGUGGCACCAGUUAUGGGAGUCCAACGGACUUGGUUCCCUUGGGUGCACUGCCAGGACAGUGAAUCUCCUGGUCCAGACCACGAGAGGGAGAAGAGGUGGGCUGAGCUGUUUGAUCAGCUGGACCUCAACAAAGAUGGACGCAUCGACAUCCUUGAACUGCGGACAGGGCUGGCAGGCCGAGGGCUUUCCGGAGGCUCCUUGGAGAGGAUUGUGGAGGCCGGGGACACCAACCAGGAUGGAGUACUGGACUUUGAGGAGUUCACACAGUAUCUCCGCACCCAUGAAAAACAGCUCAAACUCAUGUUUAGAAGCCUGGACAGGAACAAUGAUGGUAAGAUAGAUGCAGAGGAGAUCCAGCACUCUCUACACACCGUCGGUGUGGACAUCAGCCUCGAGGACGCCACCAGGAUUUUGCUAAGUAUGGAUAAAGAUGGUACAAUGACCAUUGACUGGAAUGAGUGGAGAGACUACUUUUUGUUUAAUCCUCUCACUAAUAUGGAGGACAUAGCACGCUACUGGAAACGUUCAAUGAUGUUGGAUAUAGGUGAGCAGCUAACAGUCCCAGAUGAAUUUUCAGAAGAGGAGAAGAAGUCUGGGUAUGUGUGGCGGCAGCUGAUGGCUGGAGCCAUGGCUGGAUCUGUAUCUCGGACUGGAACCGCCCCCUUGGACCGCCUCAAAGUCUUCCGACAGGUUCAUGGCUCCUCUGAUUUUAAAGGGAACGUGAGGAGUGGUUUUCAGUACAUGGUAAAAGAAGGAGGACUGUGGUCAUUGUGGAGAGGCAACGGAAUGAAUGUUCUUAAAAUUGCCCCAGAGACUGCAAUCAAGUUCACAGCUUAUGAACAGAUCAAGAGUUUCAUACGUGGCAGUGAUGAAACAAGGAAUCUGAGGGUUCAUGAAAGAUUUUUUGCCGGGUGUCUGGCUGGAGCUAUAGCUCAGACAGCCAUCUACCCCAUGGAGGUGCUGAAGACCCGGCUCACACUAAGAAAAACAGGCCAGUUCUCAGGAAUAGCACACUGUGCCAAACAGAUCUUACAGAGGGAAGGUGUCACAGCCUUCUACAAGGGAUAUGUACCCAACAUGCUGAGCAUUGUCCCUUACGCUGGCAUCGACCUGGCUGUCUACGAGACUCUGAAGUUUGCCUGGUUGAACAGGAACAGAGGUUUGGCCGACCCGGGGGUCAUGGUACUGGUUGGCUGUGGUGCUGUCUCCAGCACCUGUGGGCAGCUGGCAAGUUACCCACUGGCACUGAUUCGCACCCGAAUGCAGGCACAAGCUUUAGACAAAGGAGCCCCCAAACCCUCCAUGUUGGCCUUGCUUCACAACAUCUUGACCAAGGAGGGCGUGGCUGGACUUUAUAGAGGAAUUUCCCCCAACCUGCUGAAAGUCAUUCCUGCUGUCAGUGUGUCAUACGUCGUCUACGAAUACACAAGGAUAGUCCUGGGAGUGGACAUUGAGGGUAGGAGGGCAGGGAAAGGGAAAGGGUAGAAAAAAAGGUUAAUGAUUUAGGGGUGGCUUUUAUUUACAAGCAUGUACAGAACUGUUGGCAGUGCAUGAGGAAAUGGGUCUUGACAGUGGAUAAAUACAUGGUGCUGUGAUCACAAGCCUUGUUUCAGGUUGAAUAUAAUAGGAUGGAAAAUAAUCCAUGGAAGUAAAAGAGAUCAACAGAUCCACUUUGCACAUAAUCUGCUGAGAAAGCCUCACAUUUGGAUGACCACACCUGAACUGAGAACUGCUGUGAAGAGCGUGAUAUAUUGCAUUACACUGCAUGCCAGCAGUUGUGUGAAAGCUAACCAAUUAUCCUCCUGCUACUACACUGACCUGGACAGAUGGAAACUUGCAUGAACUUGCCUGAGAACAAACAGGUAAAAACUUGGGAGCCAUGUUACAUUCCUGCGGCAUUAUUUUUUCUUCUAGGUGAUACAUAGAGAAGAAAGGACUGAUAAGAGGAUUGAUCCCAUUUCCUGCUCUGUAAGUGGAUCCUGAAGUCACUGCACCCUAGUAAAGUUUUUUCAGUUUUUCAGUUCAGGACUUUGAUUGACAUGUCUUAAACAAAUGUUACAAAUACUAAAAUACAGCUACAUUUACCAAACAACAGCAGAUAAAUACUGAGCAUAACUUUUGAUCACAUGGACAUGACUGAAAUGGAAAAUGAUGACAAGACAGAGAAAAAGUCAAAGCCAUAUCAAGAAGCACAAGAAAGGAUGGGUUCAAAAUAACCUUUCAUGCAAAAUGCUCAUGUUUUGUAAGUAUUCUUAUGCAAAAAGAGGUGUGUUUGUUUUCUUUGCUUGAUAAACACUACAGAAUCCAGUGCCACAUAGUAUUUUCAUAAACUGUAUGUGCACAAUGUGCAUUUUUAACAUUAAAGUAAAUGGAUAAAAGUGUGUAUCAUGAAACAAUAAGAGAUGACAUUUAACGCCAAUGAACAUUUUUGAUGUGUCAGUAUUUAUUAUGGAAUGUGCAAAUAAAUGCCUGCAUGGUGCUGCUUUUGUAAAGUAAAUACCACUUAGUUUCCAUUUUAUGUUACAGAUUUAAAAAAUUUAUGAAAUCACUGCACUGACACUCAUCAGGUUGUCCUCACAAAAGUACCUUGUAGUUGUAGUGCAACAGUAUCUUAUAAAAUCAUAUUGUCAGCCACUGUUACAUUGCCAAUAAACACUGUAUAGGGUUUGGUUAUUCUGUAAAGUUUCACUAAAAACCCCUCUCUGUACAGUAUACAACCAAAUGUAACUGUCAUGAAUGGCAAAUGGAAAAGGGGCUCUGAUGCAGUUUGACCUCAUUUUUCCCAGCAAAUAUGGCAAGAUUAGAUUUUUUUUGGGAAAUGUUUUAUAAUGGAUUUUCCUUGGCGUUUCCUAAAAGUUUCCUAAAAUAAAGCCAGUGUCUAACUGAUGCAUUUCCAUUUAGUUAAUUCAAAUACUUUGCUAGUGUAACCCCGGGAGUCUUUUAGUCAGCACACACCAUGUGAAUUGAACAAGCAAAAAUGUGAAAUUUGUCUACAGGCAAGUUAACAGUUUGACAAACAAUACCGGUCAAAAGAACAUCUCUAUUUUUCUAGGUGUUACUGAAAUUUAUAUUAAAGUCUCAGUGUGCUCUAAAAUUAAAGCCUAGAAUAAAGUAAUAAUAAAGAUGAAAUUUAACCUAACACACAUGAAAAAUUGCUACUUAACAAGUUCUCAUGAAUUGUAUUGCAUUUGUAGUUUGCUUUGCUUUCACCUUCUGCCCUGUUAAUUGCAAACCAGUUUGAUGGGGUCUGGACACUGUGUUGGUCUUCCAACAUUUUGGAUUUUUUUGAGUCAUUAUCUUGCUGUGAGAUAAACCCCUGACCAACCAGCCUGUCUUCCUAUUUACCUUUUUCUCACCAUUCUUAUAGCAGCAUAUAGAACAACUUCCUGCAGUGCUAUCCUAAUAAUGCACCAGUGUAGUAAUUCAGUUUGUUCCAACACUGCGUUUGUACAAAGAGAGGUUUCAAAGUAACUGGCAAAAAUUAGGGCAGACUGCGAGACUUUCCAAGAUUACCUCUACCCAACCGACUACACCCACCGCCCCUCAAGCCUCAAAUGCAUCUUAUUUAUAUCCAUUUGUUUCAAAUUCAUUUUUCUACUUUAAUAAUUUUUUUCAUCACACUGUAAGACUCUGUAACACUCUAAGCCCCUGUAGUGGCUGCAGGAAAGACUGAGGUUAAAAUAUGAUAUAAUUGUAAAAGAAUUUCUAAAUCAUAAAUGGCUUGACGCAAAUCAGUCAAUAAAUAAAUAAAUAAAUAAAUAAAUCCUU